AUGUCGACCGAUAACUUCGUCGCGCCCGGCCAGCAGCGUUACCUGCGCGCCUGCAUGGUCUGCUCUAUCGUGAUGACCUAUGCCCGUUUCCGUGACGAGGGUUGCCCCAACUGCGAAGACUUCCUCCACCUCGCUGGCUCGCAGGACCAGAUCGAGAGCUGCACUUCGCAGGUCUUUGAGGGCCUCAUUUCUCUCGCCAACCCCAACCGCUCCUGGGUCGCAAAAUGGCAACGUCUCGAUAACUACGUGAAGGGUGUCUAUGCCAUCAAGGUCUCCGGCCAGUUGCCUGAUGAGAUCCGCAACACGCUCGAGGAGGAGUAUAGGAUACGCUACAUCCCGCGUGACGGAACGGAGACCGAGGUCGAUAACUAG